AUGGAAAAUAAAAGUCAAGCAUCUAAUAAUGAUGUUAAAAUGUGCAAGAUUAAGGAAAUCUUUCAGUUCCUCGAAGGGCCUGACAAGUUCUUCCUGUUCCUUGGCUUUGUUGCAGCCAUCGGAGGAGGUCUUGCCAUGCCUAUGUUUGUGUUCUUCUUUGGAUCUCUUACUGAUUCAUUUAAUCCAGCUACAGGAGGUGAAGACACCUUAAAGGAAAUUACCAAGCUAUCCAAGAUAUUUGUGAUCAUAGGGUCAAUCGUAUGGGUGCUUUCCUUCUUCUUUUUCUCGUUCUGGAGAAUAAUUGCUGAAAAGGUCGGCUACGAGUUCAAGUACAGGUACCUUAAAUCUAUCCUCCAGCAAGAGUCUGCCUGGUAUGACGAGAAGGAUCCUCUUGAGCUCCCCUCAAAGAUUAGUAGUGAGUGAGAUAAGAUAGAAGCAGCCAGUGGGGAGAAGUUUGUCAUGAUUCUCAAUAGCAUGUCCCAAUCCUUAGGAGGAUUUGCAGUUGCGUUUACCAUCGGCUGGAAAUUUACAUUUGCUGCUUUAGGAACAUUCCCAUUUAUCCUUUUUGGGAUUGCCAUCAUGGCAUGUGGAAUCAAAGUGGGCUACGCCAAGUCAGUUGCAGCUUACGCUAAAAGUUCUUCAUAUGCAGAGCAAGCUUUGAAUAAUAUCAAAGUAGUGUCAGCCUUUGGCCAAGAAAAAAGAGAGAUUGAAAACUAUGUCAGCCAUCUUGAUGAAGCUAGGAGGCAAGGAAGAGUUGGUAAAGCAAUCAUGGCCUUCUCAAUGGGUACCUUCAACUUGCUUAUGUAUCUUGCUUAUUCGUUAGGACUCUACUUUGCAGGCCUAUUUGUUCACUAUAAGAUUUAUAACCAUAAUAGAAGCAGAAAUUACACACCUGGAGACGUCUGCUCUGUAUUCUUUGGUGUAAUUAUUGGACUUUUAGCAAUGGGAACUUCAGCUCCAAAUUUUAAAAUCAUUGCUGAAGGGAGAAUAGCAGCUUACAAUGCUCUGCAAGUGAUUGAGAGAGUUCCUCAGAUUCUUAUUGAUGAUCCAAACUCAAAGGAUAUACACGAAAUUUCAUCGGACAUCAAAUUCGAAAAUGUAUCGUUCAAAUAUUCAACCAGAGAAGAAAAAGCUCUUGACAACAUAACCUGCACUAUCGAAAAGGGUAAAACCACUGCCUUUGUUGGGCCCUCCGGCUCCGGAAAAUCCACCAUUGUCAAGCUCCUCGAACGCUUCUACGACCCUGACUCUGGAAUGGUGACUGUCAAUGGCCAAGACCUCAAACAGCUUAACCUUAGGCAGUUCAGACACAAAGUUGGAUAUGUUGGCCAAGAACCUGUUCUGUUCAACGAAAGUAUCAAAGACAACAUGCUUAAUGCAAAGCCAGACGCCACCGAAGACGAGAUCAUUCAUGCUCUCAAGCAGGCCAAUGCCAUGAGCUUCAUCAGCAAGCUGUCUGAAGGCAUCAAGACCAACGCUGGAGCCUCAGGAGGCCAACUCUCAGGCGGUGAGAAGCAGAGGAUUGCACUUGCAAGAGCUUUUCUGAAGCAGCCAGACUUGCUGAUCCUGGAUGAAGCUACCAGUGCACUUGACAGGAAGAAUGAGACUGAAGUGCAGAAGGCUAUUGAAAAUAUCAAUAGAGAAAAGCGCAUCACCACUGUAGUUAUUGCUCAUAGACUAUCCACCAUUCGUAAUGCUGAUAAAAUAGUUGUUAUCGAUAAGGGGCAUAUCAAAGAAGUGGGAACCCACUCUUCUCUGCUAGAGUCUUAUCCUGAAGGAAUUUACGCUGGCUUGGUUAAUAGCCAACAGGAUGCAGACAAUCCUUCGAGCUCAGAAGGUUUAAGUACCAGUAAAGAACAGGCAAUCAAAGGAAAUCAUGCUUUGGAGAAUUUAAGCAAUGACGUCAAUGCUUCAAAAUUAAGAGAGAAGGAGAUCACUGAAAUCGUCGACCAAGAGCAACAACUGUUUGAUGAGCAGAUUCGCACUCUUAGAGAGCAAAGAAAGAAGAAAGGAUUUUUCAAAAGGCUUUGUGUUCAUAACAAGCCAAUCAUAUUUGUUAUCAUUGGAAUCCUAGCCUGCAUGAUUUCAGGAUGUGUCUUUCCUGCAUUUGCAGUCGCAUGGACCAAGAUCUUAUUCAUCAUGAUGAAAAUUGAGGAAGAGUAUGACCAACUCCUUCUUUACUGAGGAGUUCUUCUAUCAGUCGGAGUGGUUGCUCUGAUAGUGGUUACUACUGAGAAAUUCUUUUUCGGGAGUGUUGCAGAGACCAUGUCCAGAAAUAUCAGAGAGGAGACUUAUUCAGCAAUCUUAAAGAAGCAUGUUGGAUGGUUUGACUCACAAGAAAAUACUCCAGGGCAGCUGAAUGCCAUCCUUUCUACUGAAGUCAAUAAUCUCAAUGGAGCUUCGACAGAAGCCUUGGCUAUGAUGAUCCAAGGAUUUACCGGUCUUUUUGUUGGAGUCGCGUUAGCCUUAAUUUAUGAUUGGAAAAUUUCUUUGGUUGCACUUGGAAUUUCGCCCAUUAUGGUACUUUCCGCAGCUGUAAAUACUAGAGUGUCUGAGAAAGGAAUGAGAAGCGGAGCUGGAGGAGAAGCUGAAGUUAACUCAACAGUUUCAGACACAAUUGUCAACUAUAUCACUGUCGCAUCAUUUGCUAAUGAAUCCAUUUUGAUCGAAAAAUACAAAAAGAUUCUUGGUGCAAAAGUAAGACAAAAUUUAAUCAAAAAUUACGUAUCUGGGGCAAUUUUUGGAUUUUCACAAUUUGUCCAAUUUGCAAUGUACGCUGUCUUGUUCUAUUCAGGAGCUCAGUUUGUUGCUAAAUAUAAUGACAAUCCUCAGAAUAUGUUCACUGCAAUCUAUAUAAUGAUGUUCGCUGCUAUUUCAGCUGGGCAAGCCCAGCAGCAGGCCCCUGCUGCUGGCAAGGGUGCUGAUGCUGCACUGAAGAUUUAUAAUAUCAUUGAUGAACCUAGCAUGAUUGAUCCAUUCGAACACAAUCCAAACGAAAUCAUUGCUACAAAAGAGAACAUCAAAGGCUGCAUUGAGUUCAAAGAUGUCUGGUUCAGAUAUCCAACCAGAACUGACAACUGGAUCUUAAAGGGACUCAACAUGACGAUCUCUCCUAACGAGUGUGUGGGACUUGUGGGCCAAUCAGGAGGAGGCAAGUCCACCAUUAUCCAACUGCUCUACAGGUUCUACGACCCUCAGAAGGGUCAAAUUCUGAUUGAUGGACAUGACAUUAAGGAAUACAAUAUCAGAAGUUUGAGAGCACAGUUUGGGUUAGUGCAACAAGAGCCAGUGCUGUUUAAUUAUUCAGUUAGAGAGAACAUUAGCUAUGCAAAACAAACUGCUACAGGUAAAGAAAUCAUUGAUGCAGCUAUUGUUGCUAAUGCUCAUGAUUUCAUCCAAGAUAUCGAUACUUUCCACACAGAUCAUCUGGAAGAGGCUAAAUUUGCUGAUAGUGCUUUGGAGCCACUUAAAGGAGCUAAUUAUGUUUAUGACAGUCAUCAAGAUUUGCCGUCUGGUUAUAGCACUUUAUGUGGAGUCAAAGGUAGCAAAUUCUCAGGUGGCCAAAAACAACGUAUCGCUGUUGCCAGAGCUAUCAUCACUCAGCCUCAACUCUUGAUGCUCGACGAAGCCACUUCAGCCUUAGACGAAGAGUCUCAGAAAAAAGUACAAGAUGCUUUGGACAAUGUGAUGAAAGAAACAACAUCCAUUGUCAUUGCUCACAGACUCACUACUAUCAGGAAGUGAGACAGACUUAUAGUGCUCGACCAAGGAGUCCUAAGCGAGGAAGGAAGUUACGAUGAGCUCAUGAGAGCUGGAGGGCAGUUUGCCCAAAUAAGCUCAGACAUGCAAGCUUAAGACCAUUUGUAAGACAUCUCAUUUUCAAUUA